AUGAGGAGCCUCGUGGCGCUGCUGGCAGCCCUCGCGCUGUGCCAUGCCUCUGGGAUCACCAGGAUCCCUCUGCACAAGGGCAAGUCCAUCCGGAAGGCCCUGCAGGAGCGCGGGCUCCUGGAGGACUUUCUGAGGACGCACCAGUAUUCCGCCAACGCCAAGUACCGGUCCGGCAAGGUGGCCAAUGAGCCCCUCUUCAACUACAUGGACUGCCAGUACUUUGGGAAGAUCUCCAUCGGGACCCCGCCUCAGGAGUUCACCGUGAUCUUCGACACCGGCUCCUCCGACCUCUGGGUGCCCUCCGUCUACUGCAAGAGCAAGGCCUGCCAGAAACACCACCGCUUCGACCCGGCCAAGUCCUCCACCUUCCGGGACCUGGGCAAGCCUCUGUCCAUCCAGUACGGCACGGGCAGCAUGGAGGGCGUCCUGGGCACCGACACCGUCAUUGUCUCCGGCAUCGUGGACACCCAGCAGACCGUGGGCCUGAGCACCGUGGAGCCCGGGGACACCUUCAUCUACUCGGAGUUCGACGGGAUCCUGGGGCUGGGCUACCCGUCCCUGGCCUCCGAGUACUCGGUGCCCGUGUUCGACAACAUGAUGAGCAAGCACCUGGUGGCCCAGGACCUGUUCUCCGUCUACAUGAGCAGGAACGGCCCCGGGAGCAUGCUCACACUGGGGGCCAUCGACCCAUCCUACUACACCGGCUCGCUGCACUGGGUGCCCAUCACUGUGCAGGAGUACUGGCAGUUCACCGUGGACAGCGUGACGGUGGACGGCGUGGUGGUGGCUUGUAACGGUGGCUGCCAGGCCAUCCUGGACACGGGCACCUCCAUGCUGGUCGGGCCCUCCAGCGACAUCCUCAGCAUCCAGAAUGCCGUCGGCGCCACCCAGGACCAGUAUGGCAUGAUCAACUGCGGGAGCCUGAGCAGCAUGCCCAACGUGGUCUUCCAGAUCAACGGCAAGAAGUACCCGCUGCCCCCCUCCGCCUACAUCAGCCAGGACUCCGGCUUCUGCUCCAGCGGCUUCCAGGGCGACGACAGCUCCGAGCAGUGGAUCCUGGGCGACGUCUUCAUCCGCGAGUACUACAGCGUCUUCGACCGGGCCAACAACCGCGUGGGGCUGGCCAAGGCCGUCUGA